AUGAAUAUUUCAGUUAUCAAAGUCUCCAAUAAAGGGAAGCCUUGUAUACAAAAUGGAUCAAAACCGAGAGGAAAGUGUGUUAUAAUAAACAAUGUGUCCGAAGAGGUGGCGAUUGAGUCGAAGAGAUUUCGAUAUAUAUUUGAAAAACUGCAUUUUCAAGUGGACGAGUGUUACGAUUUGAAUGCAACACAAAUGACAACCAAAUUGAAAACAAUAGCCGCAGAGGCGGACCCCCUGUCACAGGCGUUUGUUGCGAUGAUUAUAAGCCACGGGUUAGAUGAGAAGGUGUUGGGUUCGGACGCGUGCAAAACCAUACGAGCAAUGAAGGCAAAAGCCAAACAACAUGCUCCAAAACCAAAGCAACAGGAAGUGGUUAAAAGCGAUACUUUGGCCAAACCUAUUGUGACCCAAACGGCCGCACAACCGGACCGCACAAACUUCCCGCAAAUGCUGUCGUUGGAUGAAAAAUGGGUGGAAAACAAUCAAGACACUUAUGUUUGCUACUCCUGUGCCGAAGGACACAAAACGUUUUAUAGGAAGAACUCCGGAAUGACUUACUUCGGACAGGCGUUGAGCCAUUCAAUCGCUCAGUACGCGUGCGAAGAGUCCCUAUCAUCGAUAAUGAGCAGGGUUAUGACCAAAACAAUUAAUAUUAAACUAAUGGCAGAAACAAACACUUCAGGCACUGAUAACGAGAUCGGUAUGAAUGCAAUGCCGGUCCGUAACAGACAAUCGGCGGACAAUAACAGCACGAAUAAGACCACUAGUAGUGACGGAUCAACUGAUAGGAUUGACAACACAUCACCAGCGACUCCGCCACCACUGUCUGCCACAGACUCCCAGGAAAACAGUGUUAACCAAAACCCAGUGGCAUCGACGUCUAGGGCGGAGUCAGAGGUGACAUGGCGCGGGACUGGAGCCGCCUCUGUAUUUAACCCGACCCCCAGUGAAUCGCUGGGACUGGAUGUCACGUGUCCGCCAUUCACGCGGACCGACGUGCAGUUAUACCACCUUUAG